UCCCCCUCUUCAUGACCAUGCUGCACCUGGCCGUGAUCUUCCUGUUCUCUGCCCUGUCCAGGGCCCUGGUUCAGUGCUCCAGCCACAGGGCCCGCGUGGUGCUGAGCUGGACCGACUACCUCAGAAGAGUGGCUCCCACAGGUACGUGCCCGCGGGGUGGUCCCGGGAGGGCCCUGGAGGCAGGAGGAGGGAGCUCGGGAAGCCAGAGGCCCGGACCAGAAGGAAGGAAGCCUCUGUGGCUUGAAGCUUAGGCCCUCCCCUCUUCGCUCCUCUCGGCCCGAGCCCGCCCCGGCUGCUGCCUCCUGCUGCCUCUUACUCCGGCCGCGCCGCAGGGCGGGGAUGGGGGGCCGGGGCGGGGAUGGGGGGCCGUGCAGCAGUGGCCGGUUGUUCCUGCAACCUUGAACACACACACCGAGCAGGUACCAAGGCCUGGAGACAGUAGUGAGCAGGGCACAGGCGCCUGCCCUCGGGCGGCAGAGGGGGUGCCUGGGGGCCACGGGGCACAGGGGAGGGAACCGGCUGGCGGCCGGGCGAGAGGGUGUCGGGAGCGGGGACUGAGCGGGCUGAGACCUGGGGCGGGAGUUGAGGGGAGGCACUCGUGUGCCUGGGUCAGGUUUCUGCGUGGGUCCGAGAGGGAACUGAAAGUGUCUCGAGAGGCUGAGCGCCCAGCGUUGGUAAGAGGAAGGGGGAGAAAGGCGGCCCGAGAAGGGGGCGGUGCCAGAUCCUGGAGGGCCAGGUCCUCCGGAGCGUGUGUUUCACCCUGAGGGAGGCGGGAGCUUCCAGUGGGGGAGCCUCAGGGUCCGAUUGACACCGCUCCCUCCUCAGGGGAGUGCGCCAAGUAGUCAACAAGUGGGGACCGCAGUGGCCGCAACCAGCAGGUGGAGGAUUGCCGCCCCCUCCCCUUCUGGGGGGGCCAGGAGUUAACCCUUCAGUUGCUGGGUAGAAAGGGAGGCGGGGAGGACCCCAGAGAAGGGCAGGCCUACAGGCCAAGGCAGGGGGCACUCAGGCGCCUCACGGAGAGGUGUGCUCACCGCUGGUGCACCCGUACCGGCCUGCCCUGGCUGCGUGUCCGGUGGGGCCCGUGUCUCUGCAGCACUGGCAACGGCGCUUGACGUGGGCUUGUCCAACUGGAGCUUCCUCUACAUCACCGUCUCACUAUUGCCCUGCUGCCCUCAGGGAAGUCCAGGGUCUCCCCCUGACCCUUUCCAGCCCACUGAUUGUGCUGUGGGUCCGCGCCCCCAGCUCCAGCGGUACGUCGUGGGUAAUCUUCCCUCGCAGGUACACGAUGACCAAAUCCUCGGCUGUCCUCUUCAUCCUGAUCUUCUCUCUGAUCUUCAAGCUGGAGGAGCUGCGUGCGGCGCUGGUCUUAGUGGUGGUUCUCAUCGCCGGGGGCCUCUUCAUGUUCACCUACAAGUCCACACAGUUCAACGCUGAGGGCUUUGCCUUGGUGCUGGGUGCCUCGUUCAUCGGGGGUAUUCGCUGGACCCUCACCCAGAUGCUCCUGCAAAAGGCGGAACUUGGGCUCCAGAACCCCGUCGACACCAUGUUCCACCUGCAGCCACUCAUGCUUCUGGGGCUCUUCCCUCUCUUUGCCGUAUUUGAAGGUCUCCAUUUGUCCACAUCUGAGAAGAUCUUCCGUUUCCAGGACACCGGGCUGCUCCUGCGCGUGCUUGGCAGCCUCUUCCUUGGUGGGAUUCUCGCCUUUGGUUUGGGCUUCUCUGAGUUCCUCCUGGUCUCCAGAACCUCCAGCCUCACUCUCUCCAUUGCUGGCAUUUUUAAGGAAGUCUGCACUUUGCUGUUGGCAGCUCAUCUGCUGGGCGAUCAGAUCAGUCUCUUGAACUGGCUGGGCUUCGCCCUCUGUCUCUCGGGAAUAUCCCUGCACAUCGCGCUCAAAGCCCUGCAUUCCAGAGGUGACAGCGGCCCUAAGCCCCUGAAGGGGCUGGGCUCCAACCCCGACCUGGAGCUACUGCUCCGGACCAGCCAGCCGGAGGAAAAGGACAACGAGGAGGAGGAGGGGUACUUUGUGGCCCAGGGGCAGCAGUGACCAGCCAGGGCACCAGCUUGGAAGCAGGCUGCUCCCCAACCUUCACACCUGUCGGCAGCUUGGGAACCCGGGUGGCUCCUCCCAGCCGCUGGGGAGCAGCAGGCUGGGGUCUCCCAGGCUGGGCCUCGAGAGCAUGUGACCACGUGGUGGGCCAGGGCAGGGAGCUGGUCAAACGGGUGAGCGCCAGGCCAGCCUCAGACCUGGCCGGAGCGGGGCCCAAGCGGUGCUGGCGUCGCAGCCACUUGCCAGGCUCUGAGAGCCAAGGUGGUGAUUUCAGAGGUAUAACCGGGUUUGGACUGCGGGGCAGCUAGGAAUGGGAGAUGGAGAAGAUGGGGCCUCCUCGCCUGGAGAGCAUAUUUUCUCAGAGAGCAGAUCUAUUUAUAGUUUGGAAAUAAAGGGUUUACGGUCUGCUGGCCACCUUGUGUUGCCUGGAGGUAUGGGGGCAGGCAGGGCGGUGUGGGCCUGGCCUCUCCCCUCCUUUCCCUGCCUGGGGCCUUCCUGGGGGGACUGGUCAUACUCCAGGCCUCCCAUGUCUCUCGUGCUCCUGUUUGAGCCCCAGUGCCCUCUCUUAGGGCCCCACCACACCUGCAGGCAGGAAAAAAUAGGUACUGAGUUUCAUAUUCUGGGGACUUUAAUGCUUUCACAGCCUGAUUUGAAUAUUGACUCUGUCACUUACUAGCUGUGUGACCUUAAGCAAAUUACCUAACCUCUCUGUACCACGGUUUUUUCAUCUGUGAGAUGGGGAUAAUUAUCUCAGAGUUGUUCUGAGGAUCAAGUCAAUAUUGGUAACAGAUUAAAUGUCAUUUAAGUA